CUUUAGCUCACUACGUACCAACCAACAUGAAUAAGACCAGAUCAUCAUCUCUUUCCUACCUACACACCGACCAAACACCUUUUCAAGACAAUGCAAUCCCCGCUUCACAUAAUAGUAAUCGGUGCGGGCCUCUCGGGCCUCGCAACAGCCAUCUCCCUCGCCCAGUUCGGCCACAAAGUGACAAUCCUUGAACAAGCACAAGAACUAGCAGAAGUUGGCGCGGGGCUGCAAGUCACUCCAAACGCCUCGCGUCUUCUUAAACACUGGAAUCUACCUGAGUCUAUUUGGAGUUCUGCUGUUGAGCCCAAGUCGCUUACCGUGCAUCGGUAUACGGGCGACGUCCUCGCGCAUGAUGGGAUGUUUGACGCGCGGAUUCGAAAACGAUAUGGCGCGCCAUUUAUUGAUGUCCAUCGGGUUAAUUUGCAACAAGCACUUUUUAACAGGGCGAAGGAGCUAGGUGUGCGUGUUUAUCUUGCGGAGAAGGUAAAGAGUGUACAGGAUAAUUCCUCCUCCAACUCUUCUUCUUCCGGAAAUAAGAAUAGCUGCAUAACGGCAACAGUCCACACCGAGUCCGGAAAUAGCUAUACAGGCGACCUUGUCGUCGCUGCUGACGGGUUGUGGUCCCGCUGCCGCGAGUGUCUGCUUGGCCAGAAGGAUAAUCCCCUUCCAACUGGUAAUCUCGCAUACAGAAUCGUGCUAAGUAUUGAUCAAAUUAGUGAUCUAAAGCUCCAUGACUGGGUACGCAACCCGCAGGUGCAUUUCUGGAUUGGGCCAGGCGCGCAUGUCGUUGCGUAUUCAGUGCGUGGAGGGGAUAUGAUUAAUAUUGUGCUUCUUGUACCAGAUACGCUUCCACCAGGCGUAUCAAGGGAGGAGGGCUCUGUUGAGGAGAUGAGGGCCUUAUUCUUGGGGUGGGACCCUAUUCUUACACAAUUUCUCUCCUAUGUUGACAAAGUUGACAAGUGGAAGCUCAUGCACCACGCCGAAAUGACAACCUGGAUCAAUCACUCCUCAACCCUCGUUUUCGUCGGUGACGCCUGCCACCCAAUGCUCCCAUACCUAGACCAAGGCGCAAACUCCUCACUCGAAGACGGCGCCGUCCUUGGCGGGCUCGUGGGGCACAUGAAGAGCAAGUCGCAGCUCCCCGCGAUUCUGCGGCUGUAUGAGACACUAAGGAAAAAGCGCGGAGAGGCUAUUGUGAGGGAGACGUUUAAGCAGCGCCAUGACUUCCACCUCGCCGACGGUCCCGAGCAGGAGAAGCGCGAUGAGAUUUUCCGCGCGCAGUUGGACAAAAAUGGGGAGAUUAGCGGGGCGUUUCCAAGUCGGUGGACAUGUCCCGAAGUCCAGCCCUGGCUGUACGGGUACGACGCCGUGAAGGAGGUUGGGGAUGCUGUUGCGAGGAAUCCGGAGUUGUUUAUGUCAAACGUAUAGAUCGUGUUAGACCGAACCGAAGAAGGUCAUAGUGGUUUCAAUAUAUUAUGCGGAUUCUAGACUGGA